AUGAUAAGUAGCGAUAUUACAUAAAUUUAAAAAACUAAAAAGGUCAAAUCCUCAGGUAUACGCUCUAAACUGCGUAAAAUAAUUUGGGCGAUAGCCAUAAUAGCUUCAAUUUUGACUGUAUCAAUUAGCCAAAAUAUUUAGGGAUACUUUGCUGGAUCAAUUUUAGUAAUUAUCGCUUCGAUAUUUCACAUUCUAGCAAAGUAUAUUGAUUCUUCUCUUCUUACAGUUGAUCUAGUUAUCACUCUUUCAAUAGGAUAUUUUUUAGCCUUCUUUACUUUUAUAUUAAUACCUGCUGACACUGCCUUAUCAAUAAGAUAUUAGAAUUUGUUCAAGGAUUCUCCACAAUCUAAAGAGAUUGCAGACUUAUCUUAAAUCAACAAUUCGAAUUACUUAUAUGACAACACUUAUUAUAAAAUAUGGUAUGUUGUUUAUUGGGUUAUGAUGGCAUUAAAUAUGUUCAUUAUGAAUGUCUAAAAUUUGUUUCAUAAAACAGGCCAUGUAUUUUUUUGCUCUCGUAUUGUAGGUACAAUUGUCAGCUAUAUCAAACUUUGUUUAGUAUUUGUGAUUCCAUUUGUUAUAGGAUGCAUUAUCUUAUUCAUUUUUACUAAAAGCUUUGGAAUUGGAGUUAUGACUUAGGUUUUUUUGUUACUAUCUAAUAUUUAUGGUAUAACAGUUUUGGUCCUGUUAAUUGGGUAUGGUCUAGUUUAAUUUCCUUACUCUCUUUGGUCAAAAACUAAUACAAAUAAUACUUUAGAUGUUCUAUUAACUAAAGCAGAGCCUCUUUUUAAUAGGUAUUGUGAUGCUUAGACCAACUUGUUAUUAGCUACCUAAAAAAUGCAGAAUAUAAUUAAUAAAAUUUAUGAUGGUCAUUAGCUCUAUCCUUAUAAAGAUAUGUUUAUCAACGAAUUGCCAAACUUGGAUGAGCAUAGGUCAUACAAAACAAGCUCAGCUUCUUCUAAUUUAAUGAAGCAUUUAACUGACAUGCCAGAUAUCAUUACUGAAAAUUAUCUUGCUAACGCUAGGUUUUCUUUAAAGAGUGCAAAAUAUAAUUUUAUUAAAGUUUUUAAUAAAUGGAAACAACACUGUGAUAAAAUUUAUAAGGUUAUUGACAUAAAAAGUCUAGAAAAUAAAAAAGAUCUAAUUUCACCUACAAGAGAAGAUAAACAUUCUAAAAGCAAUAACAAUUAAAACAAGGACUCAUUAAAAAGCAAAUUUUUGAAUACUUCUUUCAACGAUCUGCUUAAAGAUUAUAAACAAUUAGAGGCAAAAAAAAUGGAUAAAAAGUAUGUGAUCUUUUACAAAAUAUCAGCUUGCUUAGCUGGUAUGCUAUCUAUUUUAAUUAUUUAUAGUGAAACAGCUUUAAUUUUUUCUACUGACGAUAAUUAAGCUAUUGUAUUUAUGAGAAUCAUAUAAAACAGCACAAAUGUAGCUGGUGUAAUUGUUUUCAUUUUAGUUAUCCUAUGUUAUGUAAUACAUUGUGCAUGCUUUGCUUUGUUUGAAAUUGAUUUAGGAGCAGGAUUUGAAAUUUAUCCUUAUCAUACUCAUCCACUAACUGUUAUGUUUAAUUCUAAAACAUGUGGAACAAUAGCUUUUCCUUUGUGCUAUAAUGUAAUGCUGAUUCUGAACUAAGUUGAUAAUAGUGAUUUAAAAGUGCAUUCUGGCUUUGACACAUUUUUCAGACCAAUGCAAAGUGUCCCUUUUUUAGGAAGAUGGUAUAAUCUAAUAGUGUGUUUUUUAAUAUCAGUCGUAGGCAUAAUAUCGAUGUUUAGUUCUCUUAAAAAACUAGUAAAAACUAUUACAAGAGAUAAAAUAGAUAUGGGUUCGAAUGAAGUUGAAGUUGAGAAAAUAUAAUCUGGUGAGAAAUGGGUGAUAAACGAAUGGCAAAGAAGAAAAAAAUAACAAUUUAUCAAUAACUUAUAAAACAAAAAUAAUAAUCAAGAUUUAAGCUAAAAUGAAUUAGAACAAAGCUAAAGUGGAUUAUUAAAUAAAAUAAAAGGCUUUUUCACUUUUAAAAAGAAAGACAGAAAAAAUGAUAAUGUUUAGGAAUUGACUGAGACACAAAACAAUUAAUAAAAAAAGCCAGUGUCUAAAUUAGCUUAAUUGAUGAAUAAUAAUUAAAAUUAAUCUUAAAACAAUUUUAAUAAUUCAAAUAAGUUAGAAGAAGGAGGAAUAGUAGCUAGAGUAAGAUAAUAGCAGUAUUUAUAAUAGUAAUUAAAGGAGAUGUCUCUAGAAGAAAUGGUUAAUGGAAAAUAAGUUAUUAAUUAUACGAAUGAAAUUUCUUUAGAUGAUAGCUUUUUCCAAACAAAAGAUGAUACUACAGAUUAAGAUAAAAGUAAGGUUCCUACUUUUUAGGUAAUUCAUAUUGAGGAUUAAGGAUAAGAUAUUGAAAAUAGAUAGCAUUAAAACACUAUGCUAGCAACAAAUAUAGCAAGCGACUUCUAUGCAAAUAAAAAAUAGUAAAAGGAUUCUAUUGCAAGAACUGAUACUUCGAAUUAUGACCUAACUUACUCUGAGUCAUCUUCCUCAGUAAGAGUUAAAAAAAAUGCAGUAUCAAUUUCAAAUUAAAAUGAAACAAAUCCAAAUAGUGCUAGAUCUGAUGAUUCAUAUGCUCAUGAUUUCGAAGUCAAUAUUUAUGGUAAAAAUGUCAAGCACAAAAUGUUUAAUCAGCCUAACAGAAAGAUCACUGAAAAUUUAGAUGAAAAUGAGUUAAAUGAAUAAACUGAACCUAGAUUAAGAGCUAAUAACCCAUAGCUAUUCAAAACAUAGCUUAACGAAAUUUCCUCUGAAUAUGCAGAAAGUUAGCUCGGUCAAAGCGAGUUUUAAAACACACUUCAGUAAUUUGAUAUUGAAAAACCAAAUAUUGCUUCUUAUUAGAUGAGUUUAAAUGUUUUUUCUCCAGAAUUCUAAGCACCAGUAAUUUCAGAGCUCAACAAUGACGAAAUACAAGAAGAAUAUUAAAAUCAUCAUUAGUAUGAAUAGGAAUAUAACAAUGAUUAAUUUUAUAAUAAUAACAACUAAUAUAUUGAAAAUUAAAUUGAUUAAAAUACUUUUUAGUGCAAAGAUUAAAACGGGAUAGAUGAAAUUUAGUAAUAAGAUAUAAAUGAUGAUGAUUUUUAACAAAAUGAUAACUAAAUUGUUCAAAAUAGGUAGUCUAAUUUAUCUAAUGUUUCCCAAAAAAGUCUAAAAAUUAAUCUCGAUAGCAUUAAAGGAUCUGUUGAUGAUGAUUAAUCUAAUUAUAAGAAUAUGAAUAUUAUUGGUGAAAUAGAAUUUUAAAAAGAAAGAAAAAAGAAUUUAAAAAUUAAAAAAAUUCACAAAAAAAUACUUUAACAGGGUAAAGAUAUUUCUGAAAAUUUUGAAGUUAAUUCUGAUGUUUAUGAUGAUGAUGAAGAUGAGACUAACAGUGAUUAAGAAGAAAAUGGAUAGCAAAAUGAAAAUUAAGAAGAAAAUAAUAAAAGUCCUUUAAAGCAGAUAAGUUAGAAUAUUAAUUAUAAAUCAGAGGUUAAAACUAAAUCUAUUGAAAAAAGUAAAAGUUUAAAGGAUGAUGCAGAUUACUCAUCUGAUAAUACAGAUGAUUUAGAAUACUAAAUGACAAGAGGGAGAAGUAAGAUAGUCUAGACAUAAUAGUCUAAGUCUUAAAUUAAUAUAGAUGGAGGAUGGGUCUAUAAAAAAAGUGAAAAUAAAGUAAUGAGAAAGUUGAAUGGAUGGAAAAAAAAAUACCUUAUUGUUAAAGAGGGAAGUUUAUUUUAUUAUGAAAACAAUGACUAGUAGUAAAAAGGAAACGAAAUAUAAAUGCAAAAUAUAGUAAAUGUAAUUUAAUACAGUAAAGAUGCAAGAAAAGCUAAUAAAAAAGAAACUAAUGAAGAUAGAAACCUUCGCUUUAUUAUUUAUACAAAAGAUAGAAAAUUUGAUUUUAAAACAGAAAAUGAAUAAGAUACUGUUGAAUGGGUUGAUCAUAUUUAAAAUCAUGUAUUAAGAUAUUUAAAGAGUUAAGAAAAAUAAAAAAAGUGA